CGAGGAGACCGCGCGGCAGCAGCGGAUCCAACUGCGUGGUAGCCGACCACACUCUAUGUAGCAUUUAUCCCGUUACUGUCUCGCCUGCAAUGCCGCGAACUAGUGACGUUAGAGCAGGUGUCGUACCCUGUACAUCAUGCCUCGUGCCAAAUCAUUCGAGCUUUCAUACAUGCAUUUUUCAUGGAACCAGAGCAAGGGGCAGCCACCUCCACUAAUGUGGCCAAGAUGCCGGCGCCCCCGGGACCCAGGGACCCAUACCAUUUCGUCAAUUUCACCAUGUUCCUGUUUGGCAUCGGCUCACUGCUGCCUUGGAACUUCUUCAUCACCGCUGAUGACUACUGGAGGUACAAGUUCCGCAACGUGAACGCAUCGGGCGAGGUGCACACGAAGAGCGACAUGCAAGCGGCCUUCACCAGCUACCUGGCCAUGGCCAGCAAGGCACCCUACAUACUCUCGUUGGUGCUGAACACCUACCUCAGUCACCGCAUUCGACCCGCCGUGCGAAUCGGCUGGCCUCUCCUGGGCUGUACUCUCUUCUUCGUGGCCACGGCAGCACUCGUCAAGGUGGACACCGACCAGUACCAGACUGCCUUCAUGGCCGCCACACUUGUCAUCGUGGUCCUAAUCAACAUAUUCUGCGGGUUUCUGCAAGGCGGCGGCACUGGUCUGGCUGGUUGCUUCCCCGAAAAGUACAUGGCGUCUAACCUCAAUGGUCAGGCGAUGGGCGGCGUGUUUGCCACGGUAGCGCAGAUCUUCUGCUUGCUGGGGGAUGCGUCGCCGACAACGAGCGCAUUGCUCUACUUUCUACUCGCCGUGGUGACGUUAAUCUUCACCCAGAUAUGCUUCGGAAUAUUGGUGAAGACGGAAUUCUACCGGCACUAUACAUCUACGCAAGCAGUGAGUUACAAAGACUUUGACAAGCUCCAACUGGAGAAUGGCAUCACCAAGGCAUCACCAUGGCAAAUCUUCAAGGGGGGAUGGAUGUACUACGUGUCUAUUAUCCUCAUAUUCUGGGUGACGCUGUCGAUAUUUCCGGCCAUAAUGGUCUUGGUUGUGUCCACACGCGCAGACAGCGGAGCUCCCCUUGCAAACAAGUUCUUCCUUCCUAUUGCUGGCUUCCUGGUGUUCAACGUUGGCGACCUUGUGGGCAGGAUCAUUUCCAGCUACCUACCACUGCCGGCAACGUGGGGGAAGACGAUGCUGGCCCUCUGCGUGGGCCGAGUGGUGUUCAUACCGAUGUUCCUACUCUGUAACGCUUACCCCCGCCACAACCUACCCGUCCUCUUCGAGAGUGACACGGCGUUCAUCGUCCUCAUGGUGCUCUUCUCCGUAUCCAACGGCUACCUCGUCACGCCAGCUCUCACGCACGCCUCCAAGUCCACGUCGACGGAAAACCAGGAAAUGGCGGGCUCUAUGGCAGCCGUCUUCCUAGGACUUGGUCUACUAUUAGGCUCCCUAUCAUCCUACGGCACCGUGAAGCUCCUUUAGGCUUAGUCCGCAUAGGAAAAA